AAAACUAACCGGUAGUUUACUGGGGAACCGCGUGGAUAGCGACACUGCGCUUAUAUCUUUCAGUUUAUUUUGUUUCAUUUAUAUUAUUUAUUAUUAAUUACAGUUUGUAUUUUAUUUUAUAUUUAAAUUUGAAUAUCACAGUAGCUAUUUCACAUUUUUGAUCAUUAAUUUAUUCAAUCAACGACAUGGAAUGUAAAUUACUGUUAUACACUCCGGAAAUUUUAUGGCUUAUUCAUAAAAAUAUAAAAAAUAUAUGAAGAUAUUUUAAAAAUCAAAAGAUGGAAUUGAUGAAAUCUUUAUUAGAGAAGUUUUUAUUAUCUCUAUUGGUAACGUCGGUUUUGACGGUUACCUUUGAAGACACACCAACUGAAAGUAAACAUGGAAAAAUCAAUUUUGAAAUUAACGACUUUCGAGAAUCACGAACGAACUCAAACAACACCCGCCAGGGAAAAAAUUUGUUCGACUGGAUCGGAUUCGGUACCGGUCAGCAUGUGGAUCCUUACAUCGCCAAAAUGAACGAGAAUUGUUUGGGUGGAGAUUUCGCAGAGUGUUUCAAAUCACGUGCCAUAAACUCGCUGUCGGAGUUUUUCCAGCAGCAUGAAUAUUAUUUAAAUGACAAUGUAAGAGUUGUCAGAAUGGGGCGAGAUUUGGUGCAGGAAGUUAAUCGGCAGCCGUUCGAAUAUACUAGCUCACCAAGGUCAGAUGAUAGCGAAUGGGAUCAAUUAGUAAAAUUUGUCGAAAGAAAAGCCGAAAAAUUUUUGAAAACAGUAGCUAUCGAAGUUAAAAUACCGUCAUCGGAAACGGGUGAAAAUGAAGUAUAUUCACCGCGGUUUUUGGAUGAAAUUGCUGAUGAAUUAGAUACGCUUGAAAAUAAAAAGGAUACACUUUUUUCACGCAAUCGCCUAAAAAAAUUGUUAAUACCAAUGUUAAUAAUUCUGAAGCUCUUUAAACUAAAACUACUUCUAUUUUUACCGUUAAUCCUGGGUCUGGCGUCCUUCAAAAAAUUCUUGGGAUUCUUGGCAAUAGUGAUACCAGGUGUGAUAGCAUUUUUCAAAUUCUGCAAACCUCUGAUGAAUAAUUACCAGCCGCCAGUGUAUUCACAAAGUGGAAUUGGUUUUCCUCAUUACAAAGAUUCGAGUAGUUCUGGAUUUUCUGAAGAUCAAUAUCAUGAACCUAGUUACCAUAUUUAUCAGCCAGAUGCAAAUUCAUACGGUUCGAACCUAGCUUACUCGGGUUACAAGCCCUAUUAAAUUAAAUUAAAUAAAUUUAGACAAGGUACAAAUUAUUUUGAUUUAAUCAUUAGAACUUUCAUAAGCAUUAGUAUUAUGCAAAACAUGACAAGUGGCAUUUAGAGUGUAAAUAUUGAGAAAUGAUAAAUGACUA